UUGGUGCUGUCCGUAUCUCGAAGCUUACGUUCGGUCGGAGUGUUACACGUGUCGCGCUGUGCUGCCACUUGCCAACCUUCAGCUUGGGCAGAUAGUAGAUAGAUACAGAUAUACUGGGCGUGUGAGUGAUAGUAGGGGGAAGGGGGUAAGUGUGGUUUCACGGAGUGGUCCUUUCUGGACAAUCUAAUUCAAUCCAAUCAUCGUCGUCAGCUAUCAAGGAAGAAUCGUUCGGUCAAGCUCGACGGUGCAUAACGAAAGGAGUGAGCAGCAAGUGAGCAGUGGCUGAUGUUCUAUGCUUUUUGGGAGAGUAUUUCCGAUGUUGGCUUACUGGUGUGACAGAGAGAUGAAGUAGCCAGCAGAAUACAUUGGAGAAAUUGAUAAUUCUUAAUUAAAUAUUAAUCGGUGGAUUUGCAAGCUAGUCGGAGCGGAGCCAAGUUUUUUGUUGGUUGGCCAGCUGAAAGGAUAGGAGUGAUUGUCGGAGUGUAAAGUGGUUCGCAAGCCGGAACAAAUCUUCUGGUUAUAGUAAGGGUGAACCUGAAACCGAGCCCUCGCUCGUAUGUGAUUGUGGGAAGCGGUUUAGCUGAAAAUCAAGUGCUCGGUUCUGUGUUAAUUCGAUACAAUGUUGUGGAUGUUCGCGCCGAUCCCAUGCUGUACGAUAAUUACCACAUUGCAGUCGAAAAUUUAGGAUGUAUUUUAUGCAUAAUUAGUGAUUUAGAUUGUUUCGCCAUAUGAGAUAAUCUGCUUUGCUGGAUUUGUCGUUUGCCUGCUGCUACGUGUAGUGGUGAUUGUGUUGUUGGGCCCAGAAACAAAUUAAUCUCACUACUUAUCUCGACAACUGCAAUUAAUUAGUUCAGUGUAGAUCGAACAAAUGAAUCGAAGAUAGUGACAGAAGUGAUUUGAUUGGAAAAUCUGUGUGUUCAAUUUCCGGCUAAGGAUUACUGUGUUAUCUGUGGAUAAAGUGUAUUUUCCUAUUAAGUGAAGAGUAGCGGAUUCAUUCAAUUUAGUGGAAGCAUAUUAGAAAUUAAAAGGUGUCAAACAAUUCACACAAACGGAUAGCAUUGUCCUACAGUAUAAUUCAGACAAAGAAUUCUGAACAGGACUAAAACCAGCUAUAAUCGAAGAGUGCAGUAACUUUCGAGCGACUUCUCCUGAGGAUUACAACAACAACGACCGUGGAAGGCAAAGGCCGUUAUCAUGUUUCUAUAAUAAAUAAAAAAUGGUAGACGCUCUGAGUUGAUAAAAAAUGGAUUUCAAGGCAUUAAUACUGCUGCUAUGUUUGGUUCUAACGUUCGCCCGGGCAACGCACAGAGAUAAUAAAAGUCUAAAUGAGACUUUGAGCAGCUGGACCCCGUCCGACACGGAUCCGGAUGAUGAGGACGACGAGGAAGUACAGAAACGUGCGAAGGCUCAGGGUUGGUCAUCGUGGACCGAAUGGUCAACCUGUUCCAGAUCUUGCGACGGCGGAGUAGCAUAUCAGUUGCGCCGGUGCCAUGCUCCCCACGGCUGUAAAGGGGACGCCGUACGGUACAAAAUAUGCAACAUGCAGCCGUGCCCGGAACAGCAGGACUUUCGUGCCCAUCAGUGUGCAGCGUAUGACGACGUACCAUACGACGGAGCCCUGCUCAAGUGGACCCCGCACUACGACUACUCGGAGCCGUGCGCUUUGACAUGCAGGGGCCGGCCGCAGCAUCUGCUAGAAGAUAUGCCAGAUUCUGCAGCUGCCAGUGAAUCCUUCCCACCCGUGGUUGGAGACGACGAGCCAAGCGUAAUAGUGCAACUCUCGAAUCGAGUUCAGGACGGGACCCGGUGUCGACCGGGAAGUUUAGAUAUGUGCAUCCAGGGCAAGUGUCAGCGCGUCGGCUGCGACCUCAAAAUCGGCUCAACCAAGAAGAUCGACGUGUGCGGUGUAUGCGGCGGGGACGGCACAUCCUGCAGCCAGCCGCUGUAUCAGUGGGAGAUAGCACCGAUGUCACACUGCUCAGUCACCUGCGGAGGCGGAUACAAAAUGGCCAUGCCUACCUGCCGGAAUCGCGUGACUGGUGUCGACGUAGAGGAGUCACUGUGUAACGCAUCCUCCCGACCGGAACCGACUGUAGUCCAGUGCAAUACUCACCUGUGUCCACCAAAGUGGGUUACGGAUGAGUGGCGGCCAUGUUCAAAAUCAUGCGGCGGCGGCAUCAGGGAACGAGUGGUGGUCUGCGCCGAGGAGAGCAAUGGUGCAAAGAAUAAAGUCCCGGACGAGGCAUGCCGGGGUGUCCGGCCUAAAAGCCAGGAAGCCUGCAAUGCCCAAGAGUGUCCUAAAUGGAUCAGCGGCGAAUGGAGUGGGUGCUCUGUGUCAUGCGGCAGCGGCAUCCAGGUUCGCAGCGUGGAAUGUUUAGACUCCAGUGGGCACUACAGCAAUCAAUGCGAUUCCAAGACCAAACCAUCCGCGGGCCAACAGUGUACGACGGGAAUCAGCUGCAACGGUGAUUCGUCCUCGGCCAUCGUCGCUUCGUCAUCUGCUGGAUCUACGGGUGGGACAGUGGAAGACAGCAACGGUAGUCAAACCAAUCAUGCCAGUGGGAUGUCGUCUUCCACCGACGAUGAAAAGCACAUUCAUGUGGAACGAGAUCCCACCCUAAUGACGUACAACGACCAACCGUACUACGCACAGCCCCUGCGCCAGGACCGGCUACCAAAGGCGGAGAAAAUUGUGUCGCAACGGGUUCCUAGUGAGGCAACAUUCAUCCAGGACACUGAGUGGUCCCCAUGCAGCGUUACCUGCGGCGAGGGAAUCCGGCGUAAGCCGUUCCGGUGUAAGAUCUUCCUUGAGUUUUCCAAACGCGUUGCCAUUUUGAAUGACUCUCUGUGUCAUGCCUACAAACCCCUGGACGAGGUGGAACGAUGUGUGAUGGAACCGUGCUCGUAUUCACACAAUUUUGAAGAAUCUUACCUAAAGGACGGCAAUCGACAGAACUUAGAUGGGAUAAAAGUUCAAGCAGCCGUGCCGGGAAAGACCUACUCUUGGCGGGAGGAAGGCUAUACCAGCUGUAGUGCAUCUUGUUUAGGUGGAGUCGAGGAGCUGAUAAUCAACUGCAUUCGAGACGAUACGGGGAAGAUCGUUUCUCCGUUUCUUUGUUCACCAGAAACCAAACCGGAAGCUCGGAUACGAACCUGUAACGAUAUUCCAUGUCCACCGCGGUGGAAUUACUCGGAAUUUACACCGUGUUCCAAAUCCUGCGGGUUCGGGAUUCAAACACGAGAAGUAACUUGCAUCCACGAGGUAACGCGAGGUGGUGAGAAUACGAUGAUCGUGCCUAACAGUAUGUGCACUACGAAACCCCAACCGGAUCGACAGUAUUGCAACAUUAUCGAUUGUCCAGUUCGGUGGGAGGUUUCCGAUUGGAGCAAAUGUUCGAAACCUUGUGGAGGAGGCAUUAAGGAACGUCGCGUCGAAUGCAAACAGAUCAUGGCACAGGAGCACAAAGUGGAACGACCUGCAUCGAUGUGUCCCAGCAGUAAGCCUCCAGACAAGAAGCCCUGCAACAGUAAGGCCUGUGCACCCGAAGACCAGAGACCACCAAUUGCGGGCACGAAUUCUACGUUCAUACAGCAUGAUCCCAAAAAGAAUAAAAUUACAUUGAAAAUUGGCGGUGCGGCGACAGUUUUCUUUGGAACGCAAAUCAAAAUAAAAUGUCCAGUGAAACGGUUUAACCGGACCAAGAUAAAGUGGAGCAAGGAUCAAACACCACUGGUCAAGUCAAAGAAAAUCAAAAUUUCGAAGAAGGGUGCUUUACGAAUUUUGGAUGUAACAUUUCGCGAAGCAGGCGUGUACACUUGUCACGCCGGAUUAAGCCACGCCGAUCUCCGACUGGCGGUGAAGCCGAAACCAGGCGGUGUCGAUAGCCACAGUGAGGAUAAUGAAAGCCAUCGAGACGGAGCGGAUUUGAACGCCCUGAGGGAUCACUCAUACGUAGUGUCACAGAACGGUGACGACGAAAAAAGUGGUAGAAGAAACCGUGAACGGACACGAGGGAAGAACCGACAACGACAACCAUCUGACACCGUUCAGAAUGCCGAGAGCAGUGUGAUGGAAGACGAGGAGUUGUUGAGAUCUCAUUCGCAAAUGACUGCCUCGGACAGCACGGUGGCUUCCGAUGCGGCAGCUGCGUCCAGUUCCGGUACCCGGACGAUGCCGAUGCCACACUUUCAGCAUCUGCUGGCAAGCCUGCAGCUUCUAUGGCCAUUUCAGACUUUCACCAACUCGAAGGGUCACCAGCUGCUGAUGGAACACGAGUACACCCAUUUCGACUCGGAACAGGCAGAAAAGGAUGAACCGGCUAAACAAUUCAACGUGUAUGAACUAUUGAAGGCCCGCGAUAGAUACGGGAUGGGUGCCAACGAGAAGGACGAUUUGGUUGCGGAUGGAGAAACUGCUGCCCUACCGGAGAGCAUCGAGUUCGAGUGGAUGACUACGCCGUGGUCCGAAUGUUCACAGACCUGCGGGGCCAACGGGAGCGGAUAUCGGCUUCGUUCGGCUCACUGUAUGGUAAAGUUAGUAAACGCCACCCACACGGUAGACAACGGACUGUGCGAGGAUGCUGGCCUGGUGAUCCCCGAGACGGUGGAAAAAUGUGGUAACAUCGAGUGUCCCCGGUGGGUCACCACCGAGUGGUCCAUCUGUCUGCAGUCGAAAUGUUUCACAUGGCAUACGGCACUCCAGAAGCGAGAUGUUUUCUGCAAAUUUGCCAACGUGAGCAAUAGCGACAAAUGCGACCCACUGGAGAAACCCGUCACCAAGCAGGAGUGUUACAACGAGAUGUGCAAGGGCGUAUGGCGUGUGGAGCCCUGGUCUGAGUGCAAUUCUGCUUGUGCCGGCCAGGGCAUAAAGUACAGAAUACUGCAGUGCGUUUGGUAUGGUACCAAGAAACCAGCUGGGAAUGCUUGUAGGGAUCAGCCGAGACCUGCCGUCAUGAAAGUUUGUAAAGGACCACCCUGUAUUUCUAAUCUAUCAGAGUGCAAAGACUUAUCGAGGUACUGUAAAAAUGUAAAAACAAUGGGCCUGUGUAGACUUCAUCGUUACCAGCAACAAUGUUGCAAAACCUGUAGGUUUAACAUUUAUCAAUAAAGUAUUCUCGAUCGCAUCAAGGAGCAAUAGAGUUGACAUGAGGAACCAAAAAAGCAGUGCUGCUGCAGGAGCGGUUCGCACUGAACUAACCUACCUUAUAGUGGAAAUCGAAAUCCUACCAAAUCGACUUGAUUCGAACUCGGAUAAAGGUCUUAACUAGUUCGAGAAGAAAUUACACUCCGGAAAAAAGAAAAUUUCACUACAGGACAAUUGUAUAAUAUAUUCUGACAUUGUAUUGAAAAUAAGUUAAGGGAAUGAAAUUAGUUGAAAGGGAAAUGCCAAUAUAAACUGUUUUAUGUUGGAAUAAAAUGUCAUUUACUGUGCUUUAACAGAAACAAAUUUAUUUAUUAGUGAGAGUAAUUAGGCAAAACAGGUGUAAAUAAUUACUUUAAUAUACGAAAUGAGAAUUAAAAAUUCGAGAAUACUGAUAUUAGGAUUACCCAGAGUAUAUCGAUAGGAAAAUUUAAGCAAAAGACAAGUGGAAAAUUUUGGUUCCAACAUUCAAUAAUUUUGCCUUUUCAUAUAUUCAAAAUCAGUAAAUUGCCAAACGAAGCAAGAGUGGUUGAGAUAAAAUGAAACGAAACAACUUUGCAAAGUAUUUCCAUCUCUUCAAAGCUACGAAUUGUUCCUCCGAAUUGUAUUAAAAUCACAAACACACACACACAUAACAACAUUCGUUCGAAUGAUCGCAAUGUUUAGAAGCUAAUCAAAUUCUACGCCUAAGUUCUUUUACCCCACUCAUGUCAUACGGUCUAGAUUUUUAUUACCCAUUUUAAAUCACCCCAAUUUGAACAAGAAAAUCACAAAUUUUUUAAAGCGUUACAAAAUCAUGAAAUUAUUCAAACCAGAUCAACUUAAAUGGAAUACUCACCACUUUGAGCACUUUAAAAUUACAAUUAUCAUACCUUAGUCCUAUUUCUUGCAAUAAUUCUGGGAAGAGAUGAACACACAGCAACUAGUCCGAUCCGUUUGCUGUUGCGUUUACAACCGCAAAACAUUUGACGGAAAGAAUGGCACUAUUUAAUACAUAGACACAGGCACAGGUUAAGGAGCAAAAAAAAUGCGACAAAUUGAUCAAUUGUUAAAGAUAAAACACGAUACGUCCGAUUCAACUCAAUUAAGGAGUGGAAACCUAAAAUUAUUUCCAGUUUGUGUACAGAGUGCUUAUGGAGUGCAAAUAGGAUAAGCUUGAUUGUUGAAAAUGUUCGACAGAAGUGAAUUUAGUUUGUUUUUUCUUUGUCAAGUACUGGUUGCUGUACUAGAGACAGAAAUGUCCUUAUUAGUUGGGAAAUGUGGAUUGGUUAACAGGUGAUACUUUUGAAUUAUGUAGUAUUUAUUUACAAUUGAAUGUUAGAAUUGGUAUGGACGGUCAUCGAUUAUUUUGGACCUACUAAUAUGUUCAGUCAUCAUCAGCGGCUUUCAAAAAUAUUAUAUUUGUUAAGAUCUAACACUUACGUGCCAACAACGUCUAUACAAUCACAUUUUCAACUGCUGUCUAGUCUUGUACACUCAAUCUCCGUUGGUACUUUCUUCUUCGGACGCACGGUGCCAUUUAGCUUCUCUAUUAAGCCGUUGUAUGCAGACCUAAACUGAAUAGAAUUCCGUUGUGGAUUAAACGUGUUCGACUCGCCUUUAAUUUUUAUUUGAAACAUUUCUACUAUCAGCCGGAUAUCGGUCCUAGGUACCUCGUCCAAUAUUUUAGAAUUUUUAAAAUAAAAAAGUGGCCUUCAUUGAUUUUAUGUUGUAUUAGCCCCGUGUUUUCUACGCUUUUUUAUAUCGUUCUUAUGCUGUUCCAAACGUUUUUUAAUUGACUUAUGUGUCCAAUGUAUGUCUUAUUUGUACAGACACCACACGGUAUCUCGUAAACAACACUACAACAUCGCUGCUGAGGAUGACUGAACAUAUUAGUAGGUCGAAACGUCCGGUAAAAUGCAUUUUGUUUAAAUUUCACCACCAUGAUUUUGUUUUUGAUAUAGGUAGAUCUAACUGAAGUGGAACCUGGAAACUUUUCAAGAGGAUUCUGUUCCGUACACCAUGAGCAAUAAAUUUAAAGGAAAAGAGUAAACCAUUCCCUAUUGUCGAAAAAAGAGACAGUUAGUUUUGAUAUUAAAAGAUUACCUUUCAAGGGAAAAUCUAGAUUUGUGAUGGAAAACAAUACAAAACCUAACUUAAUAGUGAAAUUAAUUUAUUCUUUGUAAUAUAUUUGAAAAUUGUAAGUGGAGCUUUUAUAACUGCUUUGAUUCAGAAUUACUUCUCUCGACUAAGCCUUCGGUCCAAAGUUGGCAAAGCGUCAAGUGUUCCGACAAACAACGCACAUGAAAAAAACCGUUUUCAUUGCCAUUUUAAUAAAACGUAUCUCGUUAUUUGUUGAAGUUCUAAUUAUACACAGAGCCUUAGCGUGGUCUUCUGGCGCCCUUGGCGGAGUCUCAGUUUUGCGCCCUUUGGUGCUUACUUUGGCUUUCUUUUUCAGUUCAACCUUCACAUAAUAAUUUGUGUACAUGGAAAUGGCCCAAAUACUCCCUACUUUAUUCAUGUUUGACUGUCGUUCAUGUCAUGUAAAUUCCAGCCCCAAAUAUUUUACUGUAUAUUUAGGAAAUCAGUUGACGUUUAGUGUUUGAAGGCGACGGAGGGAGCAUCUAAUCAGACAACUGUAUAUUAGAGUACAAAUGGCAUGUAUGAAAAACGGGUGAUUAAUAACUGGACUAGGGAUGUCCGAUUUUUCCAAUUAAUCGAUUAGUAGCUAAUCGAUUAUUUUUUACAUCGCUAUUAAUCGUAAUCGAUUAAAACCAAGAAAUAAUCUAUUAAUCGAAGUAAUCGAUUAGUUUAAAUGUUUUACUGAGUGCAGCCCCAGAAAUCAAAAACGUUCAUCUCGAGCGUUAAAGUUGUGUAAAAGUUAGCUUCUUAUUUAAAAGUGAAUGGAAUAUCACUGUCAGGUGCGCUAGUGAACUUGAUUGGAUUCGCAGCUGAUCGCAUAGAGAUUAAAAAACAAUAAGCUAGUAGCGAUAUGAUGAUAUGGCAGCGCUACUGUUUUAACGGAUGUUCAUUCAAUUGUUUACACAAAUAUUAAAAACUUAUGUGUACGAACAUGAAUGUUUUCUGUAGCUAGGAUUUUGUUAUUGUUGAGUGCUUGUGAUUAUAACGAUCGUAUUGAAUUCGGUAUAUAGUAGAAUUUCGGCGAAUGGCUGACGCUGGCUUCAAAAUAUUCUACCCAGGGCCGUCUUUAGAUUAUUCGGGGGUCCUGGGCACUAUUGAGCUAAGAAGCCCCUUUUAUUGAAUAGGUAAAAAAACUCUAGAAUGAGUAUGAUCUUCAUAAAAACCAAUCAGCGUGUGUAGAAUGUGGUUACAGUACUGCUGAUUGAUUUUUAUGAAGAUCUGACAUACGGUGUGGAAAAAACUGCUUUUUUCGUUUGCGAAUUUUACCCUUUCUCUGUCCAACCUUAAGGAACCACUUCUAUCUUAUGCCAUGCUGAGACACUCUUUCCUGUUUGAACCAAAUCAGUUAACUGCGUUGAACAUAUUUAACAAAAUAUGUGGUAUUCAAAAUAUAUGGAGAACAAAGACUAUUCCAGAUUUUCACAAACUGGUGUUGCUGAUGUCCAAAUAUCGUCUUAAAAGAAAGAUAAUCUGAGUGCAUCUUAAAAAGAUAUUAGUUUUCCUGACCGAUCUGACCGGUAGUGGCAAACGGCCAAACACACUAUAUGCGAUGGUGGGAGUUCAAACUCGGGUGAGCCGCGUACAGUGUAGUUGACAUAACAACUACGCUAUAGUCUUCCCAGACGGUGUAAUCUGAGCAUCCAACCAGUAUUCCACGUCGUUUACAGAUGGCCGAAUGUUAUAUACUAAUAACAGUAUCCCUAUUCAACAAACUGUUGUGUCGAAGAUAACCGUAACAUGAUCACUAUUCGAUAUUAGAAGAGGUCAAUACUGUAGUUGUCGUGUAAUGUUUGUUUAAAAUUACUUUUAAAACGAAACAUAAAAAUUACUCGAAUCUAUCAGUAUGAUCGGUAUCAUUCCCUUCAAUGCCAGUGAUGUAAAACAGUCAGAAUAUAAGAGAUGCCGAGUGUCCAUAAACGGAGGUUUUGAAUUUAGGAAGGGAAGCUAAAUUAAAUACAUUUUAUUUCAGCACUACAAGAAUAUUUUGCUUGUGUGAAGCAUACUUUCAAUAUUUAUAAAAAUAUUUACGCUACCAAAUGGCCAAGAUUCUUCAAAUAUCCUCAAAAUGCACGCAUAUUUGUCAUGACCUAUUAGUCAAAUCUAGGGUAAAGCUAGGGUAGAUACGUGAAGACCCUUUCACAAGGGCUCUAUUUAACUUCUUUUUUGGGAUUUCACGAACGUUUACCUUCAUGACGGCUUUUUGUACGGCAGAGUUGUACAAAAAGAACAGUAGUGGUUCUGUACCAGUCUAAGACUGACCGGGCAGAGUGAAACAUGCCAAAUCCGUCCAAAAAGUGUCGAGUCUUCGUAAGACCUCAAGAAAUUGCGUUUUGACGCUUCUAGGUGGAUUUGUCCGUUGAAAGACCAAGAUGCGAUUGAGAAAUGGAUAGUUUGCCACAUCCGCAGUUCGCUUGUCAAGCAAGGUUUUUUGUUGGUUGGCAAAGGUCCGGUUACUUUCAAACUUUGUAUACGUGGUGUCCCAAACGUUGCAUUUUUAUUAAAAAUAAAUUGGAACUUGUACUGAUUUUAGUGAGACGUUUUUUUAAAUAUAGUCUUUAGAAUGAUUUUAUAUUCAUGCUAGGUCUGGACCCCCAAAAUCCCGGGGUCCCUGGCCUUGACCCAGUGUGCCCACGCGUAAAUCCGGUUCUGCUUCUACCAAGUUUAAUUUAAAGAACCCUUUACCAGAAUUCAUAGAACUGCUCAUAGAUAUAGCGUCUGCUGGAAAACGCAUAUAGUGUAUCUAAGCCUCUCCUUCUCCUCAGACCGUUUACUGUCGAUACUGUUUCAAGCCUUUCCUUGCUUGAACUCAAGACAACCUAAGAGUAAUUAUAGAGCAGAUCCGGCGCGAAUGCCAACGUUCAAUUCGUAAUCCCGCGAUUGAUCUAAUCUUUCCAACGGAUUUGUUCAAAUUAUUCAAACAUAUGAUCGUGAAUGUAAAACGUAAUUAUAAAAACGUAAGUUUUUGGUGUUUCAAAACCCCCUAAAAGUUAUAAUUGGCAGCACAAUAUUGAUAUUUUACACGUAUUAAAAAAAUGUAAUCGACCAAUAAUCGACGCUAGCUAAUCGAUCCGAUAAUCGUUAAAUGCGUUAAUGGAUUCAUAAUUAAUCGAUUAGUUUCCAUAAUAAUCGAUUAGUUUGAUUAAUCGAGAACUAAUCGGACAUCCCUAAACUGGACACACUUCAACAAAAAAAAGUUUAGCCCAAUCGGACGCAAUUAGGGGUUGCGCAAAACGGCCAAAGAAUAAAUUUCACCCGUGAAAAACACUAAAGGACCCUUAGAAUAUUCAAAAAUUGAAUUCUAAUUGUUUAUGCUAAAUGGCUUAGAAUGUAACGAAACGUCGAGAUCUACUGCCACCCCGAAUUUUGUUUUAAGAUAGCCUUUAUGAAUCGUGGUAACUUUUGGAUUUGAGUUGAUACUAGGGUUUGAAAAUUUAUGUUCUAUGCCAAAUGUCUUAAAACUGCAUAAAACAACGGAUCUUGUAUCUUCUCAUAAACAAAUUGUUUUGACAAAGGUUUCCUCUCUGGUACUUUUAAUUAAUUUUAAUUUAAAUAAUCAAAAAAAUAGUUUCUUUUCGAAUUGAUACCAGAUUUAGACAUUUCAUUGAUCUAUAAAACAUUUGGCAUACAAAAAAAAUUCCAUUUCCAAACUCGAGUCCCAUCUCAAUUAAAAAACAUUCCUUGUACCACAAAGACAUUUUUUCAACGUUGUACCACAUCUCGACGCUUCAUGACAUUGUUUUUUGAUUGCGCUCAAAUUUUGAGUGGGGAUUUUUUCGAGGUACCAAUACUUUUGGGGUGUGUCCGAUUUGAAAUUUGAGGAAGACCAUAAAUAUUGGCACUCUACCGUAUAUUAAGUGUACUCCUCAACUGACCCAAAUGAUCCUAAAAUGACUGUAGAACAAGAUUCGUUGCCAAAGAUCCGAGCUUCCAUUUGAAAUCAAACAUAAUGAACUGGGUUCGACCGUAUCCGAUCUUCUUUCGGAUCAAUGAUAGUCCGCGAAGUAUUCUAGUAUUCCGCAAGAUGCAUAAAUAUUCAGCUGUGCCAGAUAUCUCGAAAUUUCGCCUAGAUAAGCUCAGGAUUGUGAUAUUUUGCCUAAAGCAAACAAAUAAUGUUACUGGCGACAAAACUUCAAUGAAGAACUAACGCGUUUACAUGCCCGCUCACAAACUUGAGAUCGAUGGGGUAGUUAUCGAUUCGAACUUGGCAUGCGUGGAUCUACUGAAGGAUUGUCUGUUUCCAUGACCCCUUGCUCCAGUUAGCGAAAAUUUUGAGUGAAAAUCGCACCGAGCCUUCAAACUAGUGUCGGGUGACCUUUUGGCGAGCCUGCUUUGCGUCCUCUUCGACAAGGAUCGUCUGCAUGAUCGGUUUUUUGUGCCGCGCGUCAUGCAUUCAAUAUUGCACUAAUGACAUGAGUCUUCGUAACAAUAUUGUUUUCUCUUUUGAAAG